CUGGCUCAAAGGCGGUCACAAAGAAGUGAUUGAUUGAGCCAUUGAUAGAUGACCGCCGGGUUUUAUCAGACUGGGCUCACAAAUGGGCUGGCUUAUUGGGGCAGAACCGGUCGAGCUUUAAAGCAAACCGUCAAAUUCAUAGUGACAGUCACAGACAACAAACAGGAAAACCCUAAGGGACAUUGAAGAGUGGAAACCCAUUUGCCCAAAGACCUACCAGGGUUUUCUACAGAAAGCUUUGAAUUAUAUCAUUGAGGGGUCAAAUGGCUUUGAGGCGUCUCUUUGGGUUUUCUGAUGGGGAGCUUAUGAGGUCAGAUGCAAAACCUUGUUCUAGAUUAAUGAAACAGACCGCUGGACUUUUUACUGUUGGUGGGGGAUUCGCAUUCUGGAUUCUUUGUCGAUUGCAUUACGGUCCUAGAAUUACAGUGCCCAGAAGUCUUCGGUGGGCAGCUUGUGGAGCAGUAUCUGUGAGCUCGAGCAGUGCUUUGCUAGUCCGCCUCUUUAGUCCUGCAUGUGAGCCGCAGAAUAUAGCAGCUUAUGACAACAAAAAAUAAUGCUAGAUUACUAAGAGGUAUUCAAACUGGAACGUGAAUGAGUACUCUUUUAUUUGUCUCGUGUGGGAAAAUGAUUUUAUUUUGUAUUUCCUCCACGGAAUACCAGGACUAAUUUCAUGUAACUACUACUGGUGCUCAGUGUGCGGGCUAGUAUCUGUUAACUGAAAAUAAAUUUCCUGUUAGUUUACAUUGUGAUUAUGCUAAUGGAAAUGUAGUGUUUGAGAUGUU